AUGAUGAAGCAAGCUCUAGUAGUCCUCGCCCUGGUGGCCCUCGCCUUCUCAGCUCCUCAAACCAGGAAGCUGUUCCAUGAACAUGUUGAAGACUUUUUGGACAUCAUCAUGGACGAGGCUGGUCAUGAGAUUGAGCACCUGAAUGAACACUACCUUGAGUACGAUGAGUUCUGGACUGCUCUGGACUACAUGAGGACCAACAACUUCAAGGAUUUAGUCUACGAAAUGGAAUCGUUGCCUGAAUUUGUUGCUGUGAUCGAAUUCUUGGAACAAGACAACAUUGACAUUCACUACUUCAUUGACUUGUUCAACGAAAUGAUCGAGAGCAUACAAAGGGCAAGGUCUGCUCGUCACUCCACCAGCGGCCGUGACUUCACCUCCUUCAUGAGAGACUGCAUCGACGCCUUCCCCAAGGACAAACUGUCAGCUCUUUUCGAACAGAAGAUGGCUGAGGAGGAGGAGUUCAGCACUGCCAUCUCCAACCUGAAGAGUGAACAGUGGGAUGCUGUCUUCUCCGCUCUCUGGGCUAACCCUACCUUCCAAGCUGAGGUUGCCACCCUUAACGAGAAUGGCAUUGACGUCAAAGUCUUCCUUGACGAAAUUGUGGCCAUUUUCGGUCAAAACUAA